AUGGGCAAACGCCAGCCUGCAAAUGAGAACUUAAGCAUACUACGAUGCAAGCGGAUGAUCCGUCCGCUCAUUUCCAAGAUCGCUGCCCUUACAGACAUUUACAUCAAGUACCCAUCCAAGUUUGAUCUUGAUAUUGAAAGCUUUGAUAUUGUGCAGAGAAACCACGGAAAGUCACUCAGUUUCAUCAGUCCAGCAACCUCUGAUGACCGGCUACUAUACUUGAAGCCUUACCUAAGUCCUGAAUUGCACCAGGCGUAUAAGGAAAUCUUUGUUAUUUUCAAGAACAUCAUACUCGCAUGGCUGCAAACCUCACUGAAUAGCAGAAUUCCCAAAUUAUCCAGCCUAGCAUCAUACAAACUAGGUAAGUGCAUCACACUAGGGACCAAAAGCUCUCAUUACAGACUAAGCAAAACCGCUUUGUUCGAUGCUGAUACUCUCCCGAAAUACCUACAAAAGUACCAUGAUGAACUCUCAGACGACAUAGACGAUUGGCUCACGAUGGAGCCGGAAUCCGUGAUGGAGACUCAUCGCACGGACUUACUCUAUGGCUACCUUAUACACUUGUUGGUAUUCAAUCUGCGGACGAUCUUUUACUGCCUUUUGCCAGUCUUGGUACAUUGGCUUCAUGAGCAAAAGCUAUAUUCUCUUCUGAGAACCCUUCUCUACGAGUUCUUUUUAUUUCUGUCAGUCGAUAUAGAUCAGCGAGAGGUAUCUGAGUUGACAACUGAAGUGGCUCAGCACGAUCCCAGCCUUCCUGUUUUCUGGCUCUUCCACAACAUCGGCUAUUGGAGACGAUUAUGUGAACUUUGCAAGCUCACCACCAUGGAUGCCAGCAACAAACGCUUUCAGUCAUACGAUAGCAUAUUCAUUGAAAUCCUCGCCAAGACAGAUCGGCUUUUUCUCACUGACGGAAUCGACUUACAGCAUAUUUAUGAUACACUUCAACUGAAUCCCCAACACCCGCAUAACACUUUCAUCUUGACGUCAAUUCUAGCACAGAUCAUCAGUUUGUUCAAGAAAAGCUUAGACUCGGCGUCCACGUCAUCUGCAUCACUAAUGGUAUUCCGAGCCUCGCUCAAUGACUUCACUGAGUUCCUACGAACUUGGCUUUCCUUGAGUGGAGACUGUGUCUUCAAUUCAUUUGAUGGUGGAAAUGAGGAUAUAUUUGACGCUGUAGAAAACACCGUCGACUACAUGUUGAAGCAUUGCAUUCGGGCGGUUCGUUACCUCGAGGGUGUCUCGCUGAAGAGCCGAAGCGUUGAAUUGGUGUUGGAAGAUUUCAAAAACAUCCACCACCGCAUUCUAGCAUUUCAAACCAACGCACAAAUUUUGCAUGCCUAUUAUCUCGACAAACCUGAACUAUAUGACGUCAAUGGGGCCAAAAUCACCGAGGUCAGUCGUAGUUUGGGGACAUUAAUGGCACACAAUUGCGAGUACAACGAGGUAAUCGAAUUUCUUGUCUGGUUUCGGGACCUUGAAAACCCUCAAGGCUACAAGCUAUCGAAAGCUCUUUUUAAACACUUCUUCAGAGAAGACCUGGUGCUUGGAGAUAUGGACAUUGAUCACGUUGCAUGGGAGCUAUAUGACCUAUAA